AUGGACCCGCCGCCUGGUGGAUGGGAUAAACCUUCAUGGGAACCUAGUGGAGCUUUGAAAAAAGAAAUAAAAAAUGAAGAAGAAGAAGAACAACCUUCAUUUAAUAAUUCAAAAAAGAAGGAAGAGGAAAGAGAAAAACCUUCAUUUGAGCCUUCUGGAAAACUUGCACAGGACACAAAUACAUUUAAAGGUGUUGUUGUUAAGUAUAACGAACCUCCAGAAGCUAAAAUUCCAAAAUUGCGUUGGAGAAUUUAUCCGUUUAAAGGAGAAGAAUCAUUGCCAGUAAUUUAUGUCCAUCGCCAAUCAGCUUAUUUAAUUGGACGUGAUCACAAAGUUGCCGAUUUCCCUAUUGAUCAUCCAAGUUGUUCAAAACAACAUGCAGCUCUUCAAUAUCGUUCAAUGCCUUUUGAAAGGGCUGAUGGGUCUAAAGGAAGAAGAACUCGUCCUUACAUAAUUGAUUUGGGCUCAGGAAAUGGAACAUUUUUGAAUGGUGAAAGAAUAGAAGCUCAACGUUAUUACCAAUUAAAAGAAAAAGAUGUUUUAAAAUUUGGAUUUAGUUCAAGAGAAUAUGUUAUGUUACAUGAACAAUCAUUAAAAGGAGGAGAAGAAUCUGAUACUUCUGAAGGGGAAGAAGAUGAUGUUGGGGAUAUAAUUGAAAGAAGUCAAGAAGAUGAAGAAAGAAUUGCUGCUGCUGAGGAAGAUGAUUUAUUUUAA